AUGGCUUCUUCUUCACUUUUUCUUAUUUCCAUUGUCGGGUUUCUCCUUGUAUCGCAAUCGGAAGCCCUGAAAACACCAUUUUCCCCUCGUGACAUGCUUCCAUUACUACCAAGAAAGGUGUCAUUGCGGAUUCUGAACUAUUUCAACAGCGCUGCGGAUCUUCUUCCGUCUUUCGUCGGAGAUGUCUCAUCUCCUGACAGAUCUGUUCAGUGGCAAGGGGCUUGCUUCUAUAAAAACACUGCAUGGCUGGAGUUCCAUAACAAGUCUGGCUCUCAAUAUGGGGGUGGUACUCUUCAUAUAAAGGUUAGCAAUGCACAUAGUCCAACAUGUAUGGAUGUUUACAUAUUUGCAACUCCAUACAGAUGGACUUGGGAUCACUAUUUCUUUUCCAGAGAACAUACUCUAGACUUUCCACAAUGGCAAGGAAAAGAAGAAUAUGAAUAUGUUAAAAAGGCAGGUGUAUCGGUGUUCUUGAUGCAAGCUGGAGUAUGGAGAAGCAUAGAAGCAUUAUACAAUGUAUUGCCUUUGUUUGUUAACUCAGAAUGGGGAGAGCGAUCAAACAUAAAGUUUCUUGAGAAUGAAAUGGGUGCCACUUUCAAGCAACGAUCUCGUCCAUGGGCUACCAACAACAUUAAUCCUGAUGACAUCCAUUCUGGAGAUUUCUUAGCUCUUUCUAAAAUUCGUGGCCUUUCAGGUGCCUUUGAGACUUUAGAGAAAUGGGUUACUGGCUCUUAUGCUGGCCAUUCUGCUGUUUGUUUAAGAGAUUCUAAAGGCAACCUGUGGGUUGCUGAAUCUGGGCGUUCAAAUGGUGGAAUGGGUGGUGGUGAAAAUAUUGCUGUUUUACCAUGGGAUAAAUGGUGGGACUAUGAACUUAAUAAAGAUGAUUCAAACCCACAUAUUGCAUUGCUUCCAUUGCAUCCUGAUUUAAGGGCAAAGUUUAAUGAAACUGCUGCUUGGGAGUUUUUGAAAACUAUGGUUGGGAAACCUUAUGGUUAUCAUAACUUGAUUUUUAGUUGGAUUGAUACCACCCAUGGAAACUUUCCAUCUCCCUUGGAUGCUCAUAUGGUAGCAUCUGCUAUGACAAUAUGGAAUCAAAUGCAGCCAAGCUUUGCAGGAAAAUUGUGGAAUGAAGCUCUGAACAAACGACUUGGAACAAAGGGGCUUGAGCUUGCUGAGGUUCUAGUGGAAGUUGAAAAAAAAGGAUCAUCUUUUGGAGAACUACUGGCCAUUCCAGAACAAGAUGAAUGGACUUAUAGUGAUGGUAAAUCAGCAACAUGUGUCGCUUUAGUUGUUGAAAUCUACAAGGUUGCUGGUCUUUUUGGUCCACUUACUUCAUCAAUUCAAGCCACUGAAUUCACUGUAAAAGAUGCAUACACACUAAAGUUUUAUGAAGACAAUUUAAGUAGGCUUCCUAAGUGGUGUAAUGAUGGUGGUGAUAAUUACGAGAAUAAGCAACUUCCAUAUUGUCAAAUUCUGGGAAAUUAUAGAAUGGAAUUACCUGAUUAUAAUACCAUCCAUCCCUAUCAACAUAUGAAUGAAAAGUGUCCUUCUCUUCCAGAUUACGUCCAUCCAAAGGAUUGUUAGAAAAAAAAAUCUCUCUCUAUAAUUUUAUGUUUAUUUGAUCUUAAUAAUAAGCAGUCCAUCAAAUAAGAUCAAGGUUUGGUUGUAUCCA